AUGAGGAGUAUUAAUGGUGAACGAAGCCUUUUCAUGGUUUAUGUUGUUUUCUUGCUUGUUUCAUUCUCUGUGAUGCAAGUUAAUCAUGCAUUGAAACUAGCUGAGAAAGUUGGUGCUAUUCAAGAAAAUAACAGUAAUGGCGGUGGUAGUGGUGAUGAACGCUACAACUCACAGUACGAAGUAGAAUUAUGUCGAAAAGACAGCAUACAAGUAACUCAAGGUAUUCGCUGUUAUAAUCUUCUUCGCGAUCUUCUUCCUUCGCUUUGGGUCCGUCUUCCUCCAUUUACACGUAAAGACUUAAAAAUUGGGUUAAACUAUCGUUUAUGGCUUGAAAAAGAUUAUGAAACGUUAAAAGCUUGUGUUUCUUGCGUAGCAAGUUUAGCCGGUUUGUUAUUUCCUAAAAAUGAAUGGGAUAACUUGUUUUACUUGAUGUUUCAAAAAUUGGGUUCGAGUGGUUUGUAUAGAAGAUUGGGUGCUUUGUUAUUAUGGAAUGACUUGAUUCCUAUUUGUCCUGAGGUUUUUAUGCCUUAUAUUGAUUUUUUGAUUGAGGGUUUUAAGGAUCUUAUGCCUACUGUAACGGAAGAUCAUCGGUGUGGUGUUGCUGCUGCUAAGGCAUCUGUAAAAUUGGUUUUGUAUUUGGGAAAUACCGCGAAUUAUAGCAAGUUUUAUGAUCUUAUGGCGUAUGUAAUGAUGACUUUGUUUAUGGCAUUAGGUGAGGAAGUUCUUGUGUGUAGUCUUCUUGAGGAUUUGAUAAUUUUGGCCGGUGCGGAAACUGAGUUUUUUAAGGUUCAGAUUGAUGUUGUAAUUGACUCAAUGGUGAAAGUAGUUGGGAAUUUGGAGUUAGAAGAGAAGACAAGACAACUUGGUAUUGAGUUUGUUUUAACAGUUGCUGAGGAUAAGGAAAAUGGUUGUGGAAUGAUGCGGAAGAUUAAUAAGGAUGUUGUUUCUAAGUUGCUUAGUCAGUUAAUUGUGAUGUUAGUACAUAUUGAAGAUGAUCCUAAUUGGGGAAAUGCAAUUAGCGAUGAUGAAAAUGCAGGGGAAUUGAGUAUGUGUAGUUAUGCUAUGGAAAGUUUGGAUAGGUUAGCAAUUGCAUUGGGAGGAAAUGUGAUUUUGCCUAGUUGCCCUGAGUGUUUGUUCAACUUCUUGUAUGAUGAAAAUUGGAGAAUUCGUCAUGCUGCUGUUACUGCAAUUGGUCUGAUUUCCGAGGGUUGCUCGAAGGCAUUGUCGCAGGAUAUGGGGCAGCUUGUAGAGACUGUUGUAAUGCUAAUUCAUGAUACACACCCCCGAGUGCGCUGGGCAACAAUUCAUGCAAUUGGUCAGCUAUCAAAGUAUCUGAACCCUCAUUUUCAAGAGCAAUAUCAUCAACAGAUCCUCCCAGCUUUGCUAGAAGUUUUAGAUGAUUUUGACAAUCCCAGGUUGCAGACACGUGCAACUUCAGCAAUACUGUUGUUCACUCGCAAUUGCAGUUCAGAUGUCUUGAAACCUUACCUGCAGAGAAUAAUGAGUAAAUUAGUUGUGUUUCUACAGAGAGGAAUGACGAUGAUGAAGGAAGCGGCUCUGGAAACUUUAGCUUCUUUAGCUAUUUCAUCACAGGUACUUUUGUUAUCAAGGGUGUUACUGUUGUUUUCUUUCAAUGUUCCGGUUUUCUAAACCUCAUUUGCCUGGGAUAUUG